AUGGCGCACCGGCCGAUAACAAUCGAGGGGGUGAGGUGGUGGGCGGUGGGGUUCAUGGGGCGAUGCUAUCGCGCCGAUGAAGUGGUCGCGGCGGACGGACUUGCUAUCGCGGAUCGGUGCUAUCGGCGCAGGGCUGCUCUCUCUCAAUCAAUCAACUGUUUGAACGGAAAUUCCUACGUGUGCUGCUCUAUAGCUCCGACUUCGGACCUUGAU